GCCUUUUACAAUCGAGAUCAGUGGGACCCGCAGGGUUUUUUUUUUUCCUGCGGUGGACACGGUUGCCGUCUGAAAGCCAGUUCUGGGCGGACACAACCCAAGCUGUGGGGCUUCCACCAAUGGGAUUAGCCGACCCGGGUUGUAUUCCUGUGCACUGAUGUUCACAUCAAUUUGGAGCUUUGCCCUACUUUGAGCGGCAUGACAAAAGCCUAUGACUUCAACUGGCAACGCCCUGUGCCAGAGCCACUCCUCAAAGGGUGUGUCUUCGAUCGUUGGGAGGAAGAAAAGGAACAGAUCGUCUAUGAACCCAGUGCAUUGUUUCGUGUUGAUGACUACGGCUUUUUCAUCUACUGGAACAGUGAAGGCAGGGACGGCCAGGUGCUCGAAUUAUCGCAAGUGAACGACAUCCGAGCUGGUGGAAUUCCAAAAGACACUCGACUGCUCGCAGAGCUGAGUAGUAAGACACGCUAUGCUCUGGACGAAGUAUCUCUCACCAUCUGCUCUGGGACGGACAUGGUGAACAUUAACUACACCCACGUCGUCUGCCCAGACCCUGAAACUGCCAAGACAUGGCAGGCGGGCCUCCGUAGCAUCACAAAUAACAUUAAAGCUAAUAAUGUCUGCCCGGCAACAUGCCUGAAGAAACACUGGAUUAAAUUACGUUUUCUUGUGGAUCCUGAUGGAAUGCUUCCAGUCAGGAGGAUUGCCCAGACUUUUGCUUCAGGCAAAACUGAGAAACUAGUGUAUCAGUGCAUAGCAGAUGUUGGUCUUCCAAGUGCUAAGAAUGACGUGAUUGACCCAAAAGAGUUUACUUUGGAGAAGUUUCAAGAACUGUAUCAGCGGGUCUGUCCUCGCAAUGAUAUUGAGGAGCUUUUCAACUCUGUAACGGAGGGAAAAACUGACUACAUCAGCCUCAAGCAGUUCAUCGCCUUCCUCAAUGAGAAACAAAGAGAUCCACGGUUAAACGAAAUCCUGCAUCCAUUCUACGAUGAACGACGGGUGCGCGAGAUCGUCAGCACUUACGAGACAAACUCUGAACUAAUUCAAGAAGGCCACCUUAGCCAGGCUGGGCUAGUGCAAUAUCUUAUGUCCGACGAGAACGCCCCUGUUUUUCUGGACCGUCUGGACAUGUACAUGGAAAUGGAUCAGCCUCUGUCUCACUAUUAUAUCAAUUCUUCCCAUAAUACCUACCUCACCGGUCGACAGUUUGGGGGAAAGUCUUCCGUCGAAAUGUAUCGACAGGUACUGCUUGCUGGAUGCAGGUGUGUUGAACUGGACUGUUGGGAUGGGAAAGGUGAAGACGAAGAGCCAAUCAUCACGCAUGGCAAAGCAAUGUGCACAGACAUUCUUUUCAAGGAUGUGAUUUAUGCCAUCAGGGACUGUGCAUUUGUGACAUCAGAUUAUCCUGUGAUUCUCUCUUUUGAGAACCACUGCUGCAAGAAGCAGCAAUAUAAGCUGGCCAAGUACUGCUCAGAAAUCUUUGGGGAUCUGCUACUGACUGAGCCACUACCAAAUUACCCGUUGGACCCCGGAAACCCACUUCCGAGCCCACAUGAUAUGAAGAGAAAGAUCAUCAUCAAGAACAAACGGCUCAAGCCAGAAGAUGAGAAACGAGAACUGGAGCUAUGGAAGAAGGGACAACUACAGAAUGAUGACGAUGAUGAAGAAAAGGAAGAUGCAGCCGUAACCAUCCUCCCUGCAACUGAAGAAGGAGGUAGGGAAACUAUGGAAGAAGUGGAGCCCCAACUUGAAGAGCAGCUUGCCAUGGCCCACUACCAAUACACAGGUGCCACAGUGCAUGUGCACCCGUUCCUCUCCUCUCUCGUGAACUAUGCCCAGCCCGUCAAGUUCCAGGGAUUUGAUGUUGCUGAGGAACGCAACCUCCACUACAACAUGUCCUCGUUCGCUGAAACAGCAGCUCUGGGAUGCCUCAAAUCACAAGCCAUUGAGUUUGUCAAUUAUAAUAAACGACAGUUGAGCAGGAUCUACCCAAAAGGUACCAGGGCUGAUUCAAGCAAUUUUCUUCCACAGAUCUUCUGGAAUGCUGGUUGCCAGAUGGUAGCACUCAAUUUCCAAACACCCGAUCUGCCCAUGCAACUAAAUCAAGGAAAAUUCGAGUACAACGGUGGCUGUGGAUACCUGUUAAAACCAGACUUCAUGCGCCGAGCAGACAAAACCUUUGACCCUUUCGCGGAGUCACCAGUGGAUGGUGUGAUCGCAGCCCAGUGUUCAGUAAGAGUCAUAUCUGGACAGUUUCUUUCUGACAAGAAAGUGGGCACGUACGUUGAAGUGGACAUGUACGGACUGCCCACGGAUACCAUACGCAAGGAGUUCCGUACACGCAUGGUACCAGCCAACGGACUCAAUCCCGUUUACAAUGAAGAGCCUUUUGUCUUCCGAAAGGUUGUGCUUCCAGAUUUGGCUGUAAUCCGCAUUGCUGUUUAUGAUGAAAACGGAAAGAUGCUGGGUCAGCGUAUUCUGCCUAUGGAUGGUCUUCAAGCGGGCUAUCGCCACGUGUCCCUGAGAACAGAAGGCAAUUUUCCCAUGUCUCUGGCCAUGUUAUUUAUCUGCAUUGAGCUCAAAAUCUAUGUUCCUGAUGGUCUCGGAGACCUAAUGGAUGCACUCUCGGAUCCACGUGCUUUCCUCUCUGCCCAAGAGAAGCGUAUGGUUCAAAUGAAAGCGAUGGGAAUAGAAGAGGCUGACAUCUUAGUCAACAGGCAAGACAUGAUGGGUUCUCAGCAGAAGAAAGAUGAAGAGAAGAGAGAAGAAUGGCACAUGGACCCUGUGACGGUGGAUGGCUUACGGGUGGAGAAAGACUUUGUGAAGCUGCGCCGCAAACAGAUGAAGGAACUGGAGUCACUCCGGAAGAGGCAUCACAAGGAAAAGCAGCAAAUGCAGAAACAGCAGUGCCUGGCUGUGGAGAAGAUGCUUCCCACUCGAGAGGAACCUCCGUGGGAGGAUGCGUGCGUGCGUGCGCUAGUUGUGCAGCAAAUGCAGGACUGGUCUCGUCUGCUGGCCAACCACCGAGCCCAGGAGUGGGAACUCCUGCGCUUGCAGAUCACGCUACAAGGAGAUGUCCUUCGUGCACUCAUGCUUAAGGCUCAAAUACAGCAGAUGAAGCAGCUGGAUGCCAAAUUCGAGCGUGAGAACAAAGAGAUGAAAACAAAGCAGGCCAAAGUUUCUGUUGAAACUGCGAGGGAGGUCUCAAGUGACAAGACACUGCGGAACAAGGCAGAAAGAGAAAGGCGCCUGAGAGAAAAGAACAGCAAUAACACCAAGAAAUUUAUUGAAGAGCGUAAGUCAGCAGCACUGAAACAGAGUAAGGAACGGGAGCGCCUCAAGAAGAUACACGAGAAACAGCUGCAUGAUCUGCAAAGGGAGAUUGAUAAUGGUGUCGAGCAAUACAACAUUGCAGAGCUCGAGUACAAGCUGUGUGCCAAGCUAGAAUGCUUCGUCUGAGUGCUUUCAGCAAGAUGUGGUCUCCCUCCCCCACUACUUCCAGGCGUGCAUUUAGGGCUUCACCUCUACUAGGCACACUCAACCCAGUUGGGUUGCAGCAGCUCGACGACCAAUCGCUGUGCCAACAAACUUUUCACGCCACCAGCCCAAACCUUCCGUAAGUGACGUGGCGGUAGCAUUGCAUAUGGUCAGAAUUGUCAUUCUCACGAGUAAGUGCAUUCGAAUUGGCAAUGAUGGUAGCCUUGCCACGAUUAAUGAGAGAGUGAUGUUAAGAAUGUUGAUCCAGGAUAUUUUUCGAUAUGGUGUCUUCUAGUCCUUACGUUACUAUUAUAUAUCAAAUUAAUGUUAAGUCUUCUGUUACAUUUAUAUACGUAAGUGACCUGGUAUACAGGGUGUUUCACCUAAGGCGAUAAAAAAUUCUAACUGGCUACGUACUCGCCGGAGGAUUGUCGGACUCUCGGCAAUUAUCUUCUGGAAACCUUUGCCACCAUUGAGGAAGGCUUUAGACAAUUUUUAAAUGUGGGAAAUUUAUUUAUUUUUUCAAUUGAACUUUGAAAAUCGCCAAGCGAACCUCACUUUUUUUUACAGAAAUAUGAAGUCCUCCACGGAUAACCACACACCCAACCGAAACUAUGCACAGUAUCCCAACAGAAAUAGUCUUAAAAAAUUGGUAAAAAUUCGGUUUUAGCCCCACCUGCUUGAUCGUCGCAAAGAAAAGCGCGCGGUAUUUGCGGGGAGAGGAGGAAGUGUUCCCACCUCUUUUGUUACCUUCCUUUGCCCCGCGUUGACCAUUGCUCUGCGUUGCGCCGCACAGUUAUAAUUUUUUAUCACCGAAACACCCUGUAUAGCUUACAAUGGAGCACAGUGUUGGUAUGAGGCAGUUUUUUGCCAGGGAACACCAGAUUCAUCACCAUAGUCUUAUUUAUUUAUGUCAGGAAGGUAUUGUGUUGUUUGCUGACGCGUAUGUACAUGAUAGUACAGUGCAGCCACAGUAAUUCAAUCUUUCUUAGUGUGACAUACCAGUUACCUGGAUUUUUUGUUAAAUUAAACGGUGUACAAUUAAAUGGCGGUGGCCAACAUACUGAUUAUUUUUGCAGUACAUACUACAAGGCCUUGGAGCACCUGGAAUGUUUAAUGAAAUAACAUGUCCUUGGUCCCAUCAUUUUUGGAUGGGAUCACUUUUCACCUACGUCACAGGACGUGUGUCUGGUUUUCGUUUCCAACAUUUCCCAUUUCUUCGUUACUACCAGGCCUGCUACAAGUUUCCAGUGCAGGUAUCAGACCAGAAAAAGAAUGGUUACUGCUCUGGUAUGUAAACAUGGUUCCCACUGGUCCCUGAAAACUUUGAAUACCUUGAAAUUUGAAAAUGCCAUUUUCAAGAAAUCCUGGAAUUCUUUUUUUUUUUUUACAGUCCUUGAAAACCCUUGAUUUUACGUCUUUCUCUUGUUCUCACGGAGCUGCUUGUGCAAAUUACGCUUUUCCGGAGUCAGAACUGUAGCUUCGAAAAACCACAGGAGUUGUCACUUUUUAUUGCAAUAGGAAUCAGCAGCAAGAAAUGAAUGGCACCCUCUGCUCUAUUAAUCAGGUUUUCUUUCUGUACUAUGAUCUUUAAAAUUCAGUACAUAGUUGUCAGUCGCAUCUGUGAACUGAUAGUUUGCGGCCCCCAUGUAUUCUCUCAUGUAAUACCUGUUGCUUAUAAAUAUUUCUGCGAAAUAUUGAAGCACUGGUCAUAAACUGUGUUGUACACCCCAGACAAAAUGACGUCUGAACCUCCUUGAAAGACCCCUUGAAUUUUUUGUUCCAAAAUUCAGUGGGAACCAUCUGCAAACCUUACAGCAGUCUCAUGUAUUCCAGUCAUUACGGCUGGCUGCAAAAAUCUGUUUAUUCGAAAUCGAUAUAUAUAUAUAUAUAUAUAUAUAUAUACAUACAUACAUCAAUUCACGCGGGUUCACUGUACAUUCUAGUCAGAGUCAAUUAAAUUUGCGCUGACUUUGAGGGGGGGGUCAAUGUAACAGUACAGAUGUUAAUGCUACCAGACAAGGACGUAUGACUGCAGUGCCAAAGGACAAAACGGACAGUGAGUAUGAACCAGUAGAGCAGUAGAGCCUCGGAGCAGUAAUGAACACAAAUUUCUCUGUGAUGAGGUUCUGCUGAUAGAACCUACUCUGCUUGCAAACUGUCAUGAGCCAAAGUUCAAGUAUGUGCUAAGUGUAUUGUUAAAAUGUAAGGCAGUGCUGCCUUGCUUUUGAUCUUGUAAACCAAAGGUUAUCUGGAAUUGAGAUUUCACCCCACAGACAUAUUACUAAUAUAGAUUAUGGAAGAACUGGUACGCAUUCUUCAGGUACAUACAACCAUGGCAGCACAUAAUUUGCCAUCAUCCCAUAGCCCGAACAACCGUCUGCUACAUGCAUAGCUCAUUCUGGAGCUCUGCAUUUUUCCAGGACUAAGCACUUUUCUAUUUACCUUCCAUUGCUUAAUCCCGUUGGGUUUGUAAGCUGUAUUCUGAUGUGUUCAUGUUUUCUCUUGUAGUAUAGCAUUGCACACAUUUACAGUAUUUUAAAAAUUUAAACUGCCGAUGCUUGCAACACGGGUAUUUUGUUGCUUAUUACACGCCAUGUAGGUUAAGCUUUGCACACCUUGGAAAUCUUCACAUGGCCACUCAGGUAUGAUCAUCAAUGUGACAAACUUGAAACUGUGAAAGUGGUCCACGAGCUCCUGAACAGUGUGACAACACACAGCAGUAUAUACUCUAGCCAUAACUGAACAGACAAUCUCUGUUGUUCACCCGAAUGAUAUUAAUCAAACACACCUGUUAUGAGUGCACAUCAGGUACUUCCUAAUGCUCUGUAGCUUCUUGGCUAGGCACAAUAAGGCAACUUACCACAGCUGUACGAAGGCGCAUCCAGCAACGUGCCGAUUUGGUGCACACGUUGCAAGGAAAACAACGUGGAACACAAGUUUCUGCAGAUGCUUGCGAGUUCUGUGCUGCUGUGCGAAGCAGAGGAAUGCUGUACAAUUGAACCUCUACAUGUCGAAGCAACUUUGUACUACCGCGAUUAGAUUAUUGUGCAGUAUCGCACCAUACUGUACCGUGGUUGAUAGUGGCUCUAUAGAGGGUAUCAAGAAACGAAUAUCAACACACAAAAAAAAAGAAAAAAGAAUUCUCCCUGCAUUUCACUGUGCAUUAUAUCAUAUUCACUGCCAUUUACCAUAAUGCAGUGUUGAAAAUACAAAAGGUGCACUACUUGUGUGAAAUGCAAGACCACUUUUAUUGAUUCAUAAUUUUGUUGCUCCUGUAUGACCAACACCUUUGGUGGUUAACUGUAUGGGCGAACAGUGGUGUCCAUUAAAUUGAGUACGUGAAAUUGAAACACUUCGCUACUUUGAGUACACUUGCUAUUUUGCCACACAUGGAAAUGUCUAGGUUCAAUAGAAACGACUUGUUAAAUUCAUGCUGGUCGGAUGGAGGUUCAACUGUAUUAUGCAGUCCUGAGCGUCAGUGAAUCUGCGCUCGUUUUUGCCUUGUGGAAGAUGUUUAGAUUGUGUCGUGCAGAUUUGUCAUGCUGUUGUUGCUGCAUGAAAAUAAUUAUGAUGAACGUGUACAGUAUGUCUAUUUAUUCAGAUCAGCCCAUUUCAAAAUGAAAUUUACCUAAUCCAGAGAGAUGAUGUUGAAAGAAGGCAGGCGAUGAAAGAAGCCAGUGUAUGCCAAUGAUUUCAGCAGUGCUCUGCAAAUGUAUGUUACAUGCUGCAUAAGUCAGUCAGCGUUUGGAUAUGUGUUUUUACAUUUAGAGAUCCGUACUUCGCAUGCACGUAUACCUAGUCUUUUUUUAAUACUGCACCUUUUCUCUAAUAUGUGCUUAAGUACUACCAUGCUGGAAGCAGCUAUUUUAGCGUCCGUCAAACAUUCCGCUAAGUAAUGCUGUUACAUUGCUACGCCACAGUGAAACCUGCAAUAGCGGUCUUUUGUUCUACGGUGAUCUUAUUCGCUGUGCCCAUUCCUGUGUGCUUGUAAAACAUGUCGGGCCAAGCUUGAAACAAAUGCACGGCAUGGUGUCGUAUGUUAUACAAAAAUCUCAACUACAGUUCCCGUGAUUCACAGUAUUGCGAUUGCUUUCACUGUAUGAAUUGCACGAAGUAUUUUCUACUUCAGUAUUGGCGUAUCUGCAACACGCAUGUUUUUAUAUUCUAGUUUGCAGCUAUCGUAGUGUCCUAGCUAUGACUUUUGUCAUCUGUGAAGUCUCUAGUCUUUCUGCAUUUGUAUUUGCAUUGCAGAUAGCCGUCAAAGUGCAAUGCAUGUUGAAAGUUGUGAGAAUACCAACAUGAACUUGAACUUAAGAUGUAUGCUAUUUUCUCUUUGUAUUUACACUUUUUUUUUUGUUCCUUGUGGCUCUCGAUAGAGCUUAUUUUGCUGGAACAACAAAAUAAAUUUUUACAAAGUGUGCCACACACUGGUGCAUGAGCUAUAGGGAGUGUAAUACGUAGACCACAACCAGGGAAAUGACUUGGAAGAGCUUGGAUCUGCCUUUUUGUACAGGUGUAAAUGCUGUAGCAGGACAGCGUAGCCGUCCCCCAGCAACCUAUGUGUUCAUUAGGAAUAGUUGCCAUUUUUACAGAGUCUUCACAAAGUACAGAAAUUUCAAAAUGCAUUUAGAGUUGCCAAGUAGAACAGAAGCGUUCAAUCUGUUGCCGCCCCUGCGUUUUUACACAAAGUCUCGUCAUUGUUUUAAUUCCAACAUUUUUUUCUUUUUUUUUUUUUGGCAUUGCGAGUGUUUCACUUUGUUGCCAGCACUGAAACAGACUGUCAGUGACUUCGUUUUGGGGUUUCUCUUUUGUAAGCUGUGUAGUACUCUGAAUGUACAAGUUUGCAAAAAUACAGUUUGAAUCUCGA